ACAGGUCCUGAGAGCGCCUCGCCGUUCCUCGCUCUCUCAGCAUUUUCGUGUGUUUACAAUCAGCUGUUGCAUCAGUGUGAGUGUCUACCGUCGAAAGUUUUGGCUUUAUCAAGAACUUUUCGUGCCCAUUUUUCACACUCGUGUUGUUUAACUUCAACUGUGCGCAAGAAACAAUUUUGAGUGUUGUACUUUUCGGCGGAAUUUUGUUUUGUGUUUGUUUUCAUCGUGACAACUGACCACAGACUCAGUGCCACUGACCUUUCCAGCGUUUCGUUUGUUUAGUUUCGCGUGGAAAGUUUCGCUGUUUGGAUUUGUGGAUUUUCAAAAUCUUUGUCGGAUGUUUUGGAAAUUUAUCUUGGCUUUCUAUCAGGAUAUGUAGCCUGAGCAGAGCUUUGCCUUAAGGUCAAGGACUCUUAUGGCAUCAUGGCGACGACCUCUCUGAGGCAACAUCACCAGCCCCUGAAAACCCUGAAUAGGGGUCCCAAUUUCAUCUAUACAAAUCGCUCUGCAAUUAUUGCGAAGCGGAAGAGUGCGGUGGAGCUUUUGCAGGAGACAAAGGCGCUCUACGUCAAGUCGGAAACGGUGCUCGACCGGAAGCAGGAGUUGCGGAGCAGCGGCCAUUUCACCCACGCACCCUCUUUCAAAUAUGCUUCCCUUCAUUCUCAAGCCCCCCCUCCACCACCAAAAAGCCCCCGAUUGGUAGCCCCAGUCACCAAUCACAGAAGAGGCCCAAACGAACAGCUACAGAAUACAUUGAGGAAACUUUUUGAUACCAACUCAAAGGAAAACCUCGUGGAUAUUUCCCCGGUUGAUGAUGAGAAUGUGGUUCCGUUAUCUACUUCCUGCCAUAAAUCUUUACCAGAUCUCUCUACACAACAUGCAAUUCCAGUUAUAACAAGCCCACCUCCAACAAAAGGACCUGAGCUGGCAUCAAGUUCUUUGUCAUGUCGAAGUCAGAAAAUCACUCCUAGCAAAAGCUUCUCUCUCUCCCCGGUCAAAUCUUGCUUCAGUGAUGGACCACUCCACAUCGUGGAUGAUAGUCUAUCUAUUUCAACUAGUCAUGAUGAUGCUCCGAUGAGCAUAACCUCUGGUCGAAGUUUGUCACAAGAUGAAUGUGAUAAAUGCUUGUCACCAAUCAAAUCAGCCUUUAGUUAUGGCCCUGUCUUUUCCUCUGAUGAUAGGGAAAUGUGCAAUGUGAGGCCUAUUCUAAGGAGCAAGUCUGAUAUCGGUGAUAGAAGUUUACAAAAUGUGUCUAGUCCCAUCAGUCCGGUUGUUUUGCCAGACCUGGAGCAAUUUUUCGGCCAGCUAGGUUUAGAAUCAUCAGAAUACCAGUCAUUAAUCAGUGUGCGAUCUAACACUUCGUCACCUGUCUUCUUCAGCAGCAGCAGUUCGCUUAAUUCUAGUAAUAGCGAUGCCCCAAGCGAGAAAACGGCUACCGCAGACUCUCUACCAAGGCCGGAGAAUGCCCCUUCAAUCGUCGAACGGAAUGCACGCAUCAUAAAAUGGCUGUGUCAUUGUCGCAAAGUCAUCGCUCCUCCCGCCCCUUCUCGGUAACAGGAACUGGCAUAGUCAUUUACUCGGUGCAGUAUUAUCCAGCAAAUUAAGGAGAUCUUUUAAAUAUUUCAAGGAGAUGGAGGAGGAUAUCGUUGUUCAAUGCAGUUGGCGUUGGAACUUUAAAAUAAUUUGUAAAUUCUGAUUCACAAUCUCAUAGGCUCACCCCCUUAGUUUUCUCUAGUUUUUUGACUGAUGACUCACAGGAAAAGGUAUCAUCUGAUCUCUGGCUGUUCAUGUCGUUUUACCAACAUGAAUGUUGCUGUUGAAGAAUUUUCCACCGGUCUUGUAUAAUAUUGAAAACUUGAAGAUGGACAGUGCAAAGCGAGAGGGAACCAAUCAAACAUUUCUAAAAAUAGAACGAAGGGUGGUUUUAAUUCUGUCCAGAAGCAUAUUUUCUCUUGCGGAAAAUUUGAAGUCCUUGAAAAGUCUUCAGUCAGUAGAAACUAGACUCAAAGUUUGUUUUUUACAGCGAGCCUUAUGGAGGGAUGAAACUUCAAACUUAUAUUUCUCCGCCAUAGAUUGAGCUUUAUGGCAAGAUGAGACUUCAAAUUUUAAUUUCUCUGCUUCACUUACAUGUCACUUAGUUUCUUUCUGCUCAACACCAUCUAAAUAUUCUUGUCGAUUCAUACGUAAUUUUAGGGUUUCCAACAAAUGUCAAAAAUUUCAAUAUGAAGAUUUUUAAACAAGAUGUCAAGAAAUAUCUACUUUUAAUACUUAUCACAGUUUAAAAUCUGAUUCUAAAUCAGUUUGUGGCUUACUAUUUUGGCACCAACUGUAUAUUUCAAUGUAUACUCCUCUCAAUAAGCAUUUUUUUGUCUCAGAGAACUCAAAUUUGAUUUGUUAUUGUUAUUUCCUUAUUCAACUGUUUCCUCCUUCUUUAUAUAUCCUCUCAUGUAUUUAUUUAUUUCUAUUCAUAUUUAUAAUUGGUUUCAUGCUCUUUGUCCAGCUCCAAUAACUAACCAAUGAACCCCUUCUUUUAAACAGACCCUUAGUGGUAAGUUUUGUACAGUUAACUUUUCAAAAACAGGGAACGCUUUCAUCCUACCGCCCAGGUUGGCAAAGGAUGUUGGCGCUUUUUAGAGAUUAGUUUCCGUCUCAAGGAUGCGAUUCCAACAGGAUUCAAACUUCUGUUUAUUUACCCUCUUUAAGUUCAAAGAAUUGCGUUUAUUCAAAGCUAUCGUAGAUGAUUUCCAACAUAACAUAUGAUAAGAGUAAAAUAUUAUGUUUUUUUAGUAGUUUCAUAAAACAUUUUCUCCUUUUAAAAUUUGAAGAACAUAUUAUCGUUUAAGUCUAUGUGAAUGUUUACAAUCAUUCAAAACAAUAGUUGUUUAUAAAAUGCAACGGAGUUUAGGGUUUGUACGACUUGGAGAAAUUCUUAAAUUUUUUUUAUUGAUCUUCUGGUCUUUCAUCGCGAGAAGCUGCGAAUCUAUUCCUCGAAAAACGCUCUUGUAUUCCUUAACAUCUUUGUUAUGUCUUGGCUGCACAAACUCUAACUCCUUGCCUCAAAUAAAAACUUUAAUUUGUUUUCGAUUAACAUAAUUUGUGACUGUACCAUAGUAUACCUUGUUACCAUUCAGCUCAAGCUCUGCAUUUUUCAGUUACAUACAUUUUAAUUAUUUUGUUUCUGAGAUACUCUAUUAAAAUACAGGGUGUCUCAAAUCAAAUGGUGGAAGCUUUAUGGAUCGAUUCUACAUAGGGAAAUAAGACUGUUGGGCUCUGAAACUUUGUCUCUUAAAGGGGUAGAUGUACUCCAGGGGGGCCUAUUUGAACCCUCCCGAUGUUUUCAGUUUUUAUUAUACUGCUUGAAAGUACCUUCUGGCCCCAAAUUCCAUUACAGUUUAAAUGAAUCAAUUUUCAGAAAAACUUUAAGAUGCUAAAUUUUUCUUUUAAAAUGACUCCAAUAAAAAAUGUCACAGAACAAAAUAGUCUUAAUGUUGUGCAUAGAAUGGAGGUUGAAGUUUCCGUCUUUUGAUUUAGGACACCCUUGGUUGAGAUCAAUCCAUUGAAAUCCAAUUUAAAUCUUACAGUUUAUUUUUGAGCCUGUUCACUUCUUGAAUGAGCUUUGUGUAAGAAGUCUAAGAUCCUGCGUAACUGCACCCUUUUGCUAUUUAAUUUUUGGUUGCAAGGUUUUGAAAACCAAGCUUUCAAAUGGUUUGUCUCUUACCAACAAAUCGUAAACCAAAGAUUAUUGUUGAGUUGAUUUGAAGUUGGCACGGUUCUUUCUUGGUACUUUUGUCUAUUCAAGUACAUAUUUUUUUCCUAAUUUUAAGAAUUUUUUUUCGGAGGCUAAAAAUCUCAGACUCUUGCAAAUAAGCUAAACCUGCAAGUCAAGCAUUGGCUUCUAAUGGCCUACCUUAAAAUAUGCUGUAAAUUGGCUCCUUUUUCAAUAUGCAGACUUAACAAACAUUCUGAGAGUAAUCAGGUUCCUUGGUGAUAGUAACCAAUUUUUUUAAAACAAUUUUUCAAAAGAGUACCUUUUCAAACCUUGUUGUUCUGCUCCAAAAUCAGGAAAAAACAACGUGACUGUCCAUGGGGAAGGACAUUUUUUUUCUAUAAAUCUCAAAACUGAGACAUUAGUAUUACCUGUUUUUGAACAUUUUGAACAUUUGGGUACCGAAACGGUCCAAAACUACUUUACUAAACUACAGCUUUGAUGCUUUGAAAUUUGCAACUCAUAAAAUGUAAUUUGAGAAUGAGUUUCUUUUGAUAGAUCCAUAUUGUCAGAUUAAAAUUCAUCUGAAGCCUUUUAUUAGGAUGCAAAUGAGCUGAAUCUCUAAAUCUUGCUCUCCGGAAUUUCUUAAGUUAAUGCAGUUUUUCUUACCUAGCUCGACAGAACUUGCUUCUCUGAAGUGUACAUCUAUUCACUGAAAUCCCUGUUCUGGAUGACUGUCAUUAGUAACAGAAUUCAACAUUUCUCAUCAAGAAUAUCUGGAAAUGAUGAGGAUUUUUGGACAGAAGAAAAUUCUUAUAAUCCUAGACUCAAAAUGUAAAAUUGCCUGUGGAUCGUAUCCAUGUCUCAGCAAGUACCAAUUUCAGCUCAAACUCUUCCUGAACUGUAAAUAUCAAAUUGUAAAAUACUUGAAAGUUUUAUUGUGAUCUAAUUUUAAAUAAUUCAUAAGCAUUGUUGAGUUUGAAGUUUGUUUCUGCUUGUGUUUAUGCCUGAAAUCUCAAAGUACAGACAAAACGGCCGAUUUGUAUCAGUUACGUGCAUUUAUGAGCAUUUAAAAAGUUAGAUGCUCUCGUCGGACGUCAUUUGUUUUUUGGUGAAGUGUAGCGUUGAAAGUUUCAAUUUUAAGCCUUGUUAAUUGCCUCCUACCCGUCUGUGCCAUUCUCAAAUUCUAUCAUUUUAUUGGCUCGCGGACGAGAUCAUGCAACUGACAGACUGAUUUAGUGGCUACAUCAUUUGAUAUAUCGCCAUUAAAUUGUCUCGCCCUUUAAUAGAGUGGCAAAGCAAUUGAUGUCAAAACAGUUUAUUUGCUCUGGAUGAAAUCAUCAGACGUAUAGAAUAUCUAAUAACAUAGUCACUCAAUCAGUCUACUGCAGAGAGGAAACAGCAUCAAAUCUCGGAUCUUUGUUUCCACGUCCUAACAGCUCUUCAAGGAGCUGUUUUUUGCUUCAUUUUGAGACUUUCCUCCUGAGUAUCGAUUUCAGAGGAAAUCAGUGACACCACUGCAACCAUUUCUCAUCAAAUUUUAUUUAGAUAUGGAUGGAUACACACAGAUUUCUGCUCUAUCCAAGAAUUUCAUCUUUCGUUCUUGGGCAAUUGUUUUCUAUGCCAAGUAACCUUUUUCCUUACCAUUGAUAGAGAUUCAUUCUCAUUCAAUAAUAAUGGAUAAUCCCAUAAAAAGUUACAGGUUCUAGGAUCAAUGAAAAUUUAUAAUUUUCCAUUAAAGUAAGCAGUUGACGUCUCGAUAAUAAUAAUUUAUGUCAUAUAGUGGAAACUUUUUUUAUGAAAAAAAGUUUAUUAGUUACCAAGCCUUGAUUUCCUAUUAUGAAAAAUGAAACACUUUUAAAAACCCUGAUCCCUGUAUCUGUGUCUUGCAUUUUAUGUAUUGCCUUAUUGUUUAAAUUUUUCUACUUGGUAAUUUUUUUUUCAGCAAGUGCAGAGCAUUUUUAUUUUAUCUAUUUAUUUAUUUUGUUUGUUUCUUUCUUGUUGAGUCUUGGUUUUGACUUGCGCAUAAAAAAUUAGACUAACAAUUUAAGUUAAAUUAUUUUACAACUGUGAUAUGGAAGUAAGAACUGUAGUUUUUAAAAUAAUUUUCUUUUCUUUUUACCCUUCUCUCUCAUGACACUUUGACCCAAGCCUCAAUUUUUUGUCCUUCCCAAGUUUUUUUUCUUGCUAUCAUUUUUCUCCUGAGAACCAAUGUAUCUUUUAUGAAGGAUGGAAGUAAAUAAUGAAAGUUUCAAAAUCAGAUUUUCAAGAAAAAAUUGUUCCAUUUCUUACUAUUAUUCUUGCUUAAACGAACUGGCUUUCGAUUCUAUAAGAACUGAUUUCUCCCAAAUUCUUGGCAGCCAAAAGAAAAAAAAGGCCAGUAAAUGUCUUACAAUUUGCAGAACUUCAAUUGAUAAUAAUUGGAAAACACCUCAAAUCGUUUGCAACACCCCUUCUCCCUCUUCUUUUGGCUUCUGGCAUUCCAUUCGCUCGUUGCGUUUGUCAUCAAGCAUAAGUGGGAGAUGUAAAUGUCAAAAUGGAUAUUAAGACAUUAAAAAUUUAGUCUUCAAAACUAUGCUCGGAUCAUUAUUUACUUCCAACUUCAAUUUAAUCUGUUAUUUUUGUGGAAUUGCAGCUCUCACUUUUUUUAAAGUUCCUUUCUCCUUCAAAAUGGAAAUUUUACCGGGUAACUAAGUCUCAAAAAUCAAAACUGGAAAGUAGUAAAAAAGAAAGCAAGAAAAAAGAAGUAAAAAGGAAGACAUUUUCACACCUUGGAAGGUAUUGUUGAAAUAAUUUCAAUGCUGAUCUGUAUUUUAAUAUUUUUGUAGUCUCAGUGUGAGAGAAUAUUAGCUCCAUGAUAUCAAGUCAUCGCUGUUUAGUCAGUUUCUUCUCCUUAUCUUUUGUUUACUUGUUUCUUGAAUACUCUAGCAUAAUAGAUUUAUUUAUGUAUUGACUAAAAAUGUAUUUUUAUCUGAGGUAAUAAAAAUUGGUUUCUUUCUUCAGGAA